CUCUUUCACUCUUCCUCCCCUUCAUUUCAGUGAGAGCAGCAGAGAGAGCUAGAGCUUCGCUAAAUUCUCUGACCGGAACAAAAAUGGCUACCGCAUCGAUGGGAGCUCUCAAAGUGCCUUCAUCAUCGUCAGCUUCUCCCUCCACCAAUGCCGGCCGGAAAUCGGAGGCAAGGAGCUUGGGGUUCUCGUCGUCGAAGCUCUCCGGCGAGAAGGUUUCCUCCCGGGCAUUGUCCGCUAGACGGUCUGGGAAGAGCGGCCGGGAUGUGAGGACUCCGCUGAUCGUUUCCCCGAAGGCUGUUUCGGAUUCCAGGAACUCUCAGACCUGUCUUGAUCCUGAUGCCAGUAGGAGUGUACUAGGAGUUAUAUUGGGAGGUGGGGCUGGAACCCGGCUUUACCCACUGACCAAGAAGAGGGCAAAGCCUGCUGUCCCUCUAGGAGCUAAUUACAGGCUGAUCGAUAUCCCUGUCAGCAAUUGUUUGAACAGCAACAUUUCCAAGAUUUAUGUUCUUACCCAGUUCAACUCCGCAUCCCUGAAUCGGCACCUCUCCCGGGCUUAUGCCAGUAACAUGGGUGGCUACAAGAAUGAAGGGUUCGUGGAAGUUCUCGCCGCUCAGCAGAGUCCAGAGAAUCCCAACUGGUUCCAGGGGACGGCUGAUGCAGUGAGGCAGUACUUGUGGUUGUUUGAGGAGCAUAAUGUGCUGGAGUAUUUGGUUCUUGCUGGGGAUCAUCUUUAUCGAAUGGACUACGAGAAAUUUAUUCAGGCGCAUAGGGAGACUGAUGCAGACAUUACCGUUGCUGCAUUGCCGAUGGAUGAGAAGCGUGCUACUGCAUUUGGUCUGAUGAAGAUCGAUGAAGAAGGUCGGAUUAUUGAGUUUGCCGAGAAACCCAAAGGCGACCAGCUUAAAGCUAUGAAGGUUGAUACGACUAUCUUGGGCCUGGAUGAUCAAAGAGCAAAAGAGAUGCCUUACAUCGCUAGCAUGGGCAUAUAUGUGGUCAGCAAACAUGUGAUGCUAGAGCUACUCAGGGAUAAGUUUCCUGGGGCCAAUGAUUUUGGUAGUGAAGUAAUCCCUGGAGCUACAUCUAUUGGCAAGAGAGUGCACGCUUACCUGUAUGAUGGAUACUGGGAAGAUAUUGGUACGAUUGAGGCUUUUUACAAUGCGAAUCUUGGAAUAACAAAGAAACCAAUUCCAGAUUUCAGCUUCUAUGAUCGGUCUUCUCCUAUCUACACGCAACCUCGGUACUUACCUCCAUCCAAGAUGCUUGAUGCUGAUGUCACAGACAGUGUUAUUGGGGAAGGAUGUGUCAUUAAGAACUGCAAAAUCCACCAUUCCGUGGUUGGGCUCCGGUCCUGCAUCUCAGAAGGUGCAAUCAUCGAAGAUACUUUACUGAUGGGAGCUGACUACUAUGAGACUGAUGCAGAUAGGAGUUUCUUGGCUGCCAAGGGCAGCGUCCCUAUUGGCAUCGGCAAGAACUCCCACAUCAGGAGAGCAAUCAUCGACAAGAAUGCUCGAAUUGGUGACAACGUGAAGAUCCUUAACAACGACAAUGUGCAAGAAGCGGCAAGGGAAACUGAUGGGUACUUCAUCAAGAGCGGGAUUGUGACUGUGAUCAAGGACGCGUUGAUUCCUAGUGGAACCGUGAUCUAAAGAAGAAGCAAGUGUUUUCUUCAGUUAAGUACUGCUUCUAGUUGUCUCGAGAGCCGGAUGGUAGAAAAGUUGAGUUGUUUAGGCUCUUUUUAAUCCUUUUUACUGCAUGAUGUAUGUGUUUCUUCUCUCCUGACUUGGGGCUGGGUUGUAUAGUUAAACAACAUUGUCAAGUAUGGUGACAGCCAGAGAGGGAGAGCACUCAAUAAAUCCCAAAAAAGAACCAUCAUGUUGUAAAAGGGUUUUCUUUCUUAGCAGUAAAUUUGCAAUUUAUACAUCUGUCUGCAGCUACAUCGAGGAAUGUAAUCUGCUUCAUUCUCCCUUUGUAGUUUGUACUCUCCUUGCCAUUACCAUCUUGUUACCAGCAUAGUCAAUGUUAAAUGUAGAUCUGGUCAUCGAACUCGCCUUUAUAUGAGGAUUUGCUCCCCUUAUUGGUUCAACCUGAUCAUGAUGACCAUUUCUUACUUGCAGCAACGUUAAAUCCUCGUUCAUGGAUGAGAAACUCGGUCUUCUUGCAACGACUAUUGUCGCCAUUGAAGAUGAUACCAACAACCAAACGAAAAGAAACUGUGUUGCCCACAGAGAAGCAGUUGCAGUUGCUGCAGUCCUUAUCUCAGUCUUUGCUGCCAUAUCUGCUGUAGUUUGUUAAUAAUGUGAUUAGUGAUUGUUAUAUAUCUAUAAAUACACGCAUGCAUGUAGUAAUC